AUGUCGCACACCGACAUAAAAAUCGCUAACGGGAUAGCAACGGAAACAGAUACAUUCCAGUUAAAGAAACAGCUUGGACUCUAUAACGGUGUGACCCUUAUCGUUGGAAUCAUUGUUGGAAGUGGGAUAUUCGUGUCCCCUAAAGGGGUUUUGCAGGAAGCAGGUUCCGUGGGCUCAUCGCUCCUGAUUUGGGGGUUGUGCGGUGUGAUUUGCCUCGUGGGGGCACUGUGCUACUCGGAACUAGGCACGUCCAUUUUGAAAUCAGGAGGAGAUUACUCGUACAUAAAUGAAGCGUUCGGAGAUUUGCCUUCCUUUCUUUAUUUGUGGGUUGCCAUAGUGAUAAUAUUCCCCGUUGGGAACGCAGUGACGGCCAUAACGUUUUCAAAUUAUAUUCUCCAACCAGUGUUCACGGGUUGUGGUCCACCGAAUAUUGCCGUUAGCCUUCUAGCGGCUUCGUGUAUAACGCUGCUAACUCUGGUGAACUGCGUGAACGUGAAAUGGGCGACUCGAGUGCAGGAUAUCUUCACUGUCACCAAGAUCGUUGCGCUGCUCGUCAUCAUCAUCACAGGGAUCGCCAAGAUCUGCAUGGGAUAUGUUGAGAGUUUUGAAAAGCCCUUUGAAAGCUCUACGUCUGACCCUAGCCGUUUUGCGUUAGCUUUCUAUUCUGGAUUGUUUUCCUACUCUGGAUGGACGUAUCUGAAUAUGGUGACAGAAGAAUUGAAAGACCCAUAUAGAAAUUUACCACGUGCAAUAUGGAUUUCCCUACCUCUGAUAACAAUCAUCUACCUGUUGACGAACGUUGCCUACUUCGCAGUGAUGUCGCCGAUGGAGAUGUUGGAGUCAGACGCUGUUGCAGUGACAUUUGCGAACCGGACGCUUGGUGUCAUGUCGUGGAUCAUGCCGAUAUUCGUAGCGUUCUCAACGUUUGGUGGACUGAACGGAGCUAUUUUCACAUCAUCCAGAUUAUUCUUCGUUGGAGCGCGUGCUGGUCAUCUGCCUGGUUUCCUAGCAACUAUUAACAUGAAAUUCAUGACGCCACUUCCAUCAUUAUUAUUUGGGUGCGUAAUGUCUCUGGUAUACGUCUGCGCCAGUGAUGUCUACGCGCUCAUUACGUACGGUGCGUUCGUGGAAUCGGUGUUCAUCGCCAUGUCAGUGGCAGGCCUCCUCUAUCUCAGAUACACCAGACCCGACAUGAAGCGACCAAUCAAGGUAAACAUAGCUUUCCCAGUGUUUUUUCUGAUCGUGUGCGUGUUUCUACUCAUAACUCCACUGGCCUCCAGUCCUAUGUCAUGCUUCAUUGGUCUCGUCAUGAUAGCCACAGGGGUACCGGUCUACCUUGUCACAGUUUUGUGGAAGAAGAAACCACAACGUUUUCUGCUAGCAAUAGAACAAUUUACAAUUUUUGUACAGAAGUUAUUCUUCGCCGCAAGAGAAGAAAUGAAGGAAGAUUGA